CGGGGGUGGCACAAACUAGGUACUGUUACAGCGUCCUCCCUGUCCGGUCCUGUCAACAUGAAGUUAAAUUAAAAGCAACGUUGAUCGCGAGUCUUUCAAUCCUUCUUCUCAAAAUCACAUUCUGGAGCAAUUCGAAUUUCAGAUCAUACAGUCAUCAUACACCGUCAUCAUACACCGUCAUCAUACACAGUCAUCAAUCAUCAUACAGCGUAUUGUUUGUGUAUCUUUCGAUUCCACACCUCCUAUCCAACAUCAGACCUUCAGUUCUUACCAGUUGUCCGACUCAAACAACACUUGAGUUGACUGUCCAACUUCGGGUGUAACAGAACAUCAGAAUCUUUGACAACCUACUACUCUUCCCACAUCAUCCUCCCAUCAAAUCUUUACAAUGCAGCUUCCUACCUCCACCACCCUUCUCCUUACCCUUCUCACUGCCCUCACGUCCGCACUCCCACAACCGCAAGCGGACUCCUCGGUUGUGGCGGACCCCACCGACCCUGGCACCACCACUCCCGUUGAUAAUCCAUUCACUAUCUACACCAGCAUGACCGACUCCCUUGGAGUCAUCACUGGCAUGCCGUCCAUCCCCGCCCUUCCCUCUCUGCCAACUGCCGUCACCGAACUCCCCAGUCUCAUCACGUCCCAACCCAUCCUCGCAUCUAUCCCAGCGGGUCUCACGGAGGGCUUGAAUACCGUCACGCUCGCGAAUACCACCGCCGUUGUGAGCGUCGGCUCGGACAUCACCAGUGUGGUCGAACCUUCGACGACCACUUCGAAGAGCGGUGCGUCAGGUGGUGCGUCAGGUGGUGCGUCGGAGAGUGGCUUCGAACAAGGUUCCGGAAGCCCUUCGAGCAGCUCCGGAAUGGCAGCCUUGCCCACCGCUGCGGUUGGGUAUGCUGCUGCCGGUUUGGGACUAAUGGCUGCGAUGGUCAUUUAGUGGGAAGACGGAAGAAAAUGGUUUGGGGCGUCGCGCGUUGAUGGAUAGCGCAUGGGAACAUUGGUAGUGGCGUACGCAAGGAAGGAUUGGUUAUGUUUGAAAUACCUUGGGGAGUCAGUCAGUGACUACUGGAUGGGAUCGUUGGGGAAUAAUGUCUAAACUUGAGGGUAUAUAGAAUGUCUCCUUAGUACGAUGACCGAUGUAAUAUAACCAUAGGCUAGUAUGUACUACAACAGACCACAUUACAAUUACGCCAACAUUCCUCGCUGUUUCAUCAAGCGCAAGUACUCAUGAGACCCGUACGCCUCUCUGCUGGCCAAACUUCCGAACCUUGUCCUCCAUGUCCGGUCCAACGAAGUAGUAGAUCCACCCGGCAAGCCCGCUCAGUAACACGUCCCCUAACAUCCUCGGACUCCCAUUCAGGCUCCCCGCCUUCAUGGCCCAGCUCAGCAAUGUUGUCGUCGGCAUAUACU